CAUCAUCAGGGGAGCACCAUGUAUCAUCCAGUGCUCGUCGUUCGGCUGGUCGACCUCGUAGCAACAGUCGGCCAAACUCGUCGUCUGGUCACGCUGUCUCGUCGCGAGGGCCUUCUGGACGAGCGAGAGCAAAUUCUGGGAGCAGCAUUGCUCGGGUCACGAGCUCUUGAGGCCUAUGGCUUGUGCAUGUUGUCUCAUUCCAUAUAG